AAAAAAAAAAAAAUCCCAACCCAUAUGCCAAACUAGCCUUCCAUAUCACAAAAAGGCCCUUCAUUUUCCCCAUUCUCCUUCAAACCAUUUCUUCUUCAAGGCUUUGCAACUGAGAAUUGUUGGAAUGGGAAACUGUGGAAGUGCGCCAAAGACUAGUGAAGGAGCAGCCCCGGCACCGGAAAGGGAUGAGGCAGCUGCCGCCGGCAAGACUCAGGCGGAGGAGGCCCCUUCUGCCUCUGAUGAAAAGUCUCUCAGCACUCUGUUAACUGAGGAAACAAAGGAUGCAGAGGAACCUAAGAAGGAAGAGGCCAAAACAGAGGAGGCGAAGCCUCAAGAAGCAGAGAAGCCCAGAACAGAGGAAGCAGAAGACAGAGGAAGCAAGGAAGAGAAAAAACCAGAGUGAUGAAGAAGAAGAAGACGAAGAUGAUACUGGAUAUUUUAUAUCCCACAAAGUUAAAUCAAUCAAUCCGUUAAUGUAAAACCUAAAAGAGUUCUUUUAUUUCUUUCUCUGUUUUUUUGUUUUUUUUUUUUGGUUUUAUUCUUCAACCUUUGGUCUUGCCUUUUUUCAUCUGGAUGGAAUUUGUAUGAAAAUUUGGAGAUUUCAAUAUCUGGGUCAUCAGCAUUUGUUCUUGGAGCAAUAGUAAUGAACAAUGAAUGCAACAAAAUUCUGCAAAAUACAUCUGCCUUGAUCUGCAAAGAGGUAACUAUUU